AUGGUUUCCCAAACGCUACCUUGCUUUGCGACUGCCGCGCCCCUCUCGCUGUCCAGCUUAUCCGGAAACACCAGUCGAGUGAGCGCUCAAAGGUCCCCUCGGCGGAUACCUCCUGCACCUCGAGUAGCGCCGGUAUGCAUGGCUGGCGGCGUCCCAAAGGUGCCAUACAAAGCUCCUGGUGCCCAAAACCACGAGUUCAUCGACAUUUUCAAUCGCCUCUACAGAGAGAGAAUUAUAUAUGUUGGUCAAGACUUGGAUGACGAGUCAGCAAAUCAGAUUAUCGCCGUUUUGCUUUACCUGGAAAACGAUGAUGCUAAAUCCAACGUAUCCAUGUACUUUAAUUGUCCGGGUGGUACAGUGCCAGCUGGCCUUGCCGUUUACGACUGCAUGCGGGCAAUGAAGUAUCCUGUCACCACUCUCAACCUCGGGUUGGCAGCUUCAAUGGGCGCCUUUUUAGUUGGAGCUGGGACUAAGGGAAAGCGCAUGGCCUUGCCGAAUUCGAGGUUCUUGUUGCAAGCACCAUCCAUGCUAGACACAGUGCGAGGUCAAGCAUCAGAUAUCAAAAUUGAGGUUCAAAACAUACUCAAGCAAAGGGACAGAAUCAUAGAAGGUUUGCACGAGUUCACAGGGAGAAGUCACGAGGAGUUGAAGAAGGAUUUGGCGAGAGAUAUGUACCUCACGGCACCAGAGGCUAGAACGUAUGGCCUUAUCGAUAAGGUACUCACGCCUUCGGUAAAGGGUCCGAGCGAGAAAUUCCUCGGCGGGAUAGGGGCGCCAAAUAUAGGUGGCUUCAACUGGUAA